CCCUGGACGCCCCGGACGGGACGUGAAAAGUGGACAUGUCCGGGCAAAAGAGGACGUUUGGUCAGCCUAACGUAACAUUGGCCUGGAAGUGGCGGACUGCUUGAAGAGAUGAAAAAACCUCAGGGACAAAUACUUCGCCUGAGGAAAAAGUUGGCCUCACGAAGCGGGGAUCCAGGUGGAAAAAAAGUCCCCGCUUUCUACACCUUUCUGUCCUGGUUGGCUCCACACGUGAAGCAUCGAGAGACAGAGUCAAAUUAUGAUGCACAGGAAGGAACCCCCUCUCUCCAAACAUUUCCAGCAUCCAGCAUGGAGCCAUUGUCACCCUCCUCAGAUGACCCUCCGCCGUCAUCCUGCUCACAGCAACCCACAGUGUCCACUCAGCCAUCCCUGCUGCCCUCGGUGUGCACUCAGCCAUCCCUGCUGCCCUCGGUGUCCACUCAGCCAUCCCUGCUGCCCUCAAUGUCCACUCAGCCGUCCCUGCUGCCCUCGGUGUCCACUCAGCCGUCCCCGCUGCCCUCGACAUCCACGCCGUCCCCGCUGCUGUCCCCGCUGUCCUCUCCUGUGUCACCGAUGGGACAGAAUAGGAAGCGCAGGGACCAGGACGAGCUGUUCAUGAAGCAGCUGGCUGAGUUUCAUGACAAGCGGUUGGAACUGCACCAGAGGUUGGCACAGGACACCAGGGAUGAGUGCUCCAGGUUUGGUGAGACUGUGGCUGAUUUUCUCAGGAGGGUGCCUGAUGAGAAGCGGCCUGACGCCACGUUUACAGUUCUUCAGCUACUGCAUGACAGCGUGAAGCAGCAGUGAACUUUAAGAUAAAAGUGCUCUUUUCUUUGUGUGUGUGUUUGUGUGAUUUUUUUGGUUGUAUUUUAAUUUGGUUUCCAUUUUUGCACAGUGUAAAUAGUUGUCCUUAUCUCUUUUGUUAAUUUGUUAUGUUAAUGCACCUUUCUAAUUUUGCAUCAACGCACCUUUGUCUACUUUUCUUGCACUGGACCAUUGCACAUAUACUUAAGUUUAUACUUUACAAGUUUGU